CCCACCACUUGGACAAAGGCCAGCAGUCGUGAUGGUGGACGAUGGCAACGAUGGCGCACUGGCCACGGGCUUCUUCGUCAAAGAAGGUGGCUCUGUGAAGAGCUGGAAGCGAAGGCUGUUCCGUCUCGACCGCUCCUUGCUUGCGUAUUCCCCACGCUCAGAGUCCUGGACCAAGAGCAUUGCUGUCUCCAACAUCUCGAAAGUGCUCUCCGUGAAGGAAUGCUCGUGCCGCUGGCCAACACCUGUCACGGAGGCCAGCUUCGGUGUAGUCACGCCUGCCAGGACCUACUUCUUGCUCGCAGAGAACUCAGACGAUGGCCGCAUCAUGCAAAGCACCCUCUGCCUGCUUCUCAUCAGCGCAGGCACCCUGAACGACGACGGGGUGCUGCGAUGCCUGAAGACAAUCGAGAGACACGCGACCGAAAACGAGGCUGUCCGCAACCACCUCAACAAGAUUGCACAGCAGCCCGACAUCACUGGUCUCUUCAACUGCCGCACUUCCGACAAGGACUGCAACGACACACGCACACACAUUCUCCAACUGAUUGGGCUCAGUGACGGCAGCGCCAGCAGCGAUGAUGAUGACGGUGAGACGAAGAAAGACGAGCCCCAAGCCAAGGCAGUCGAGCCAGCGGCGGAGGAAACGGGCAAUGACACGCCGACCGCAGCGCAGCCCUCGCACGGUGCCCAAGAAGAAGAUGGUGCUGGCAGGGAGCAGAACGCCAGUGCCAACGCCGCUGACGAUGAUCACGACGCAACCGUGAGCGACAGCGAGGCUGCAGAUGUGCAGGGGGAGACAUCAGGUGUGACGGAAAGCUCCACCGCAGCCACUACUGAUGCAACAGCAACAGCCACAGCCGCCCAGCGCGUCGAAGAAGAAGAAGACACACAGCAGCAAGUGGACGAAGACGCAGACGCAGACGCAGACGCAGACGCAGACGCAGACGCAGACGCAGACGCAGAAGCAAGCGCAGCGCAAGAGACAGCGCAACCUGAGGUUGUGCAGGAUGCGCUUGGUCACGGUCGUGGUGACGACUCCGUCAACACAGCAGACGUCCUCGCCUUCAAGGAUGCAGAGGCGGCGGUGGAAAAGGUGUGGGCAGAGGUUGAUCAGCAAAUCGAACACAGCGACAACGCAGAACAGUUCGUCAACGACAACCCCGAGUGGCAGGAGGUGCGCGUGUUUGUGUCGUCAACAUUUGCGGACAUGUACGCCGAGCGAGAGGUGCUGGUGCGCAAGGUGUUCCCGCGGCUGAAGGUUUUCUGCCAGCAGCGCAUGCUGCGUCUUGUCUCGUGCGAUCUUCGCUGGGGCGUGCCCAAGGAGUCAUCGCCAGAGGUUGUGUUCCGCACGUGCUUGCGUGAGCUUGAGCGCUGCAAAGAAGCCAACGUGAACCCGUUCUUCAUCAACCUCCUUGGCGAGCGAUACGGGUGGGUGCCGUCGAAGGAGGAGGUGCCCGAGAGCAUUCGUGAGGAGUACGAUUGGGUCGACAACACGAGCGUCACACAUAUGGAGGUCAUCCACGGAGCGCUGCGCAGCCACAACCCAAAUGCGGCGUUUUUCCUCCGCGGGUUUGGCGUCAUCGAUGAGCUCCCGUCCGAAUUCCGCGCGCGCUUCAUCGACGCCACCCCGCUUGCACGCGCCGGCCUGCGCAGACUCAAGUCUGAGCUGCACAAUCGCUAUCCUGCUGAGCACGUGCGCGAGUACACGGCGCACUUCAAGGAGACGCGUGAGAUUCAGGGCAUCCGUAAAGCCAUUCUCGACGGCCUCGACCAGUUUGCAGAGGAUGUUUACGAGUUCUUGUCUGCGGCAAUUGAGCGGCAGUACCCGGCAGAGCGGGCGCGCAAACCCGUCACCACUGAGCUUUACGCCACGCGCAUGGAGCAGCACAUGAUCGCAGAGUCCGAGGCUGUCAUCGGCCGCGAUGAGGAGGUGCGUCGCGUGCUUGAGUACUGCCGGCGGGCAAACGAUUCGCCCGUGCCGCACCUGAGUCUCCUUGCACACGAGGACGAAGGGCGGGAGGGUGUGCUGUGCCUAGCCGCGCUCAAGGCUCGCGAACAGGGCAUGAAGGUCAUCGUGCUCAAGAACAUGGAGGAGCAAGACACGGCUGAUCUGCUGUGGCGCGUGGUGCGGGAGACCGUGGACGCUUCCAACUUUGCCGACUUUGUGGACAAGGCCAAGACGAGCGAAGAGCCCGUUGUCGUCAUGUUCCUCGACGGCACACACUCCCAUCUCAUGCGCGAUGAGGGGUUUGUGGAUCUGGUCAAAUCUGUGGGCAAUCUGCACUUUGUCAUGACGCAAGACCCUGCCGGUGUGGACACGAUUGGCGUUGUCAACUUGGCGACGCAGCGGCUACUUGGGCAGCACCCGGAAGAGUACACGCUGCGCAUGUCACCGCUGUCCCACGAGGCGUCGCGUGCGAUUGUGCAGGUCACGCUCGGCCGCUUCAACAAGACGCUCGACCACGAGCAGAUGGACCUCAUCGUGAACAACGCCGGCGCGCGGGACCUGUCGUGGCUGCGGUGCGCAUGCGAAGAACUGCGCGUGUACGGCAUCUUCGAGACGCUGACAGCGCGCAUCCGCUCCCUUCCACCGACAAUCACGGAUCUCUCCAAGCAGAUUCUGGCGCGCGUGGUGGAGGAGGACGACUCUGGACAGCUCGUGCGCGCCCUCCUCUUGCUCGCCGCUGUUGCUGGUCCGCUGCGGGAGAUUGAAUUCCGGGAAAUGCUCGGACAGCUCAACAUCAACGAGGACGGCGACAAGGUGAAGGACGCCAUGCCGGCCGUCAUCUGGCUCACGCUCCUCGACCGCAUCCGCCCGCUCGUCACCGUAAAGGGCGACAUGAUCAAGUUCAAGAACUGGGACGUGUGCCGCGCGGUGGUGAACGCAAUUGCCGAUUCCAGACGCAUUGACAUGGACAUUUCAGAGGACGCAUCGCACGAAUACGCUUUGGGGCAGGUGCUGGCGCCAGCACGCCACACCCUCUUCGACUAUUUCAAGGACUCCCCAGGCGUUGGCAGCCGUUCCACGCACAUCUGCGCGUCCCAGUCUGUCUUCCUCAAGUCACGACCCAUGAGCUACCACGUCCUCAAGAACAUGCCCACCCAGUUCCUGCCGUUUUCCCUCGGAUCCGAGCUUGCGCGCCAGUGCGAGUGCGGCGUGACCAUCAUGGCCAUGAAUGGCGUGCCAAAGCACGAGCGCAUGUGCACGACGUGCGGGCACCAGAUCAGCCACGGCCUGGCGAAGAAGGACGCGUGUGGCAUGUGCGGCCGCCGUGUGCCCUUCAGCAUGUCGCGGCCCGGUGAUCAACCCAUGAACAAAUACAACGUCAAGGCGGCGUAUCGAUGCCGCCAACACGCAGACUAUCGCCUGCAUAUGCCCGGCCCCACGACGAACCAGUCGUGCUUCUACUGCAACAGGCUCAUUGUCACGGCAUCAUCGUUUCCCGUGCACCUGUGCAACAGCUGCUGCAGAGGGGUCAACAUCACCAAGUGCUGUCACCUCCUCGAAAAUUGAUUGGCGGUUGAGGCAACGGAACACAGACCCGACACCGCGGCAAUGCCACGGCACUUUGUGGUUUGUGCCGUCUUGCCUGCUUGCCAUUGCCAUCCAUGUAUGGUUGGUUGUUGCUGACACCUGCUGCUUCGUUUCCUGUUGAUUGCAUUACGUUCUUUUCUUUCUUUCUUGCUUUUUCUGCCUUGUUUUCCUGGCUUGCUUUGUUCAUCUGUAGCGUUGUUAAUCGUUUGCUGACCCCUUACACCUGGCGAGUUCUC